ACCUCAAAAACCCGCCUUCACUCUCAUUCUCUCACUCAACAGCGUCGAUGGCCGCCCAGGAGACUACUUCUCAAUCCGCCACUUUCCGUCACGCAUUCGGAAAUGUGCUCUCCUUUGCCGUUCUGUUGCUGAUCGGCGUUAUGGCUUUCUCGAUCCGUCUAUUCUCAGUUAUUAAGUAUGAGAGUGUGAUUCAUGAAUUCGAUCCUUAUUUCAAUUACAGAGUGACACAGUUUCUUACAAAAAGUGGAGUAUAUGACUUCUGGAAUUGGUUUGACGACCGAACAUGGUAUCCUCUUGGACGUGUGAUUGGGGGAACUGUAUACCCUGGGCUUACUCUAACUGCGGGUACUUUAUGGUGGAUACUGAACUCCAUUAAUAUUCCUCUAUCAGUAGAAACUGUUUGUGUAUUUACAGCUCCUGUAUUUUCUGCCUUUGCUUCAUGGGCCACAUACCUUCUAACUAAGGAAAUUAAAGGUGCUGGUGCUGGCUUGACUGCUGCAGCUCUUCUGGCCAUGGUGCCAUCAUAUAUAUCUAGAUCUGUGGCUGGGAGCUAUGACAAUGAAGCAGUUGCAAUAUUUGCUUUGAUCUUCACUUUCUAUCUAUAUAUAAAGACGUUGAACACUGGAUCACUUUUUUAUGCUACACUAAAUGCAAUUGCGUACUUUUACAUGGUUUGCUCCUGGGGAGGGUACACCUUUAUUAUAAAUCUCAUCCCGAUGCAUGUGCUGCUAUGCAUAGUAACUGGUCGCUAUUCUCCACGCCUCUACAUUGCUUAUGCCCCCCUUGUCGUCUUGGGAACACUGCUAGCAGCUUUGGUGCCUGUUGUUGGUUUUAAUGCUGUCAUGACAUCUGAGCAUUUUGCGUCAUUCUUGGUCUUUAUCAUAAUACAUGUUGUGGCACUUGUCUAUUAUAUCAAAGGAAUUCUGACCCCGCAAAUGUUCAAAGUAGCAGUUACUCUUGUUGUAUCGGUUGGGAUGGUUUUGUGUGUUGCUGUACUGGCUGUGCUAAUAGCAUUGGUAGCAUCCAGCCCAACAAAAGGCUGGAGUGGACGAAGUCUGAGUCUACUUGAUCCAACCUAUGCAAGCAAGUACAUACCAAUCAUUGCAAGCGUCAGUGAACAUCAGCCCCCUACUUGGCCAUCUUACUUUAUGGACAUCAAUGUUUUAGCAUUUUUGGUUCCCGCUGGUAUUAUUGCAUGCUUUUUGCCAUUGUCUGAUGCAAGCUCCUUUGCAGUUCUCUACAUUGUUACAUCAGUAUAUUUUUCAGGGGUCAUGGUGCGCCUAAUGCUCGUACUAGCUCCAGCAGCUUGUAUAAUGUCUGGUAUUGCCCUUUCAGAAGCUUUUGACGUUUUCACUAGAUCAAUUAAAUUCCACUUGGUUGGUACAACGCAAAACCCCCAAGACAAUGCAGGGGAUGCCACCAAAGUUACUCAUAACGAUGUGAAGUCUGAGAAAAGUGAGGACACAGUAAAGGAACGAUCUUCAAGGAAAAGUAAAAAGAAGGACAAGGAAAACAUAGAGAAACCGUCUCUUGUAUCCCGGGUUGAAAAGAGGCUUCUGGUCUUGCCCCUGGAGACAUCAGUGAUGGCUGUUUUCUUACUUGUCUUGCUUGGAGCAUUUUAUGUGGUUCAUUGUGUCUGGGCUGCAGCAGAGGCUUAUUCUGCUCCAUCAAUUGUUUUAACCUCUCGUUCUCAUGAUGGUCUCCAUGUCUUUGAUGACUUCAGAGAGGCAUAUGCUUGGUUGAGCCAUAACACUGAGGUGGAUGAUAAAGUUGCGUCUUGGUGGGACUACGGUUACCAAACAACUGCUAUGGCUAACCGCACAGUGAUUGUUGAUAAUAAUACAUGGAACAACACACAUAUUGCAACUGUCGGUACUGCAAUGUCAUCUCCAGAAAAGGCAGCUUGGGACAUUUUCAACUCGUUGGAUGUAAAAUAUGUUUUGGUUGUUUUCGGAGGCCUUGUUGGAUACCCUAGUGAUGACAUUAAUAAGUUUCUAUGGAUGGUUCGGAUUGGUGGAGGUGUGUUUCCUCACAUCAAGGAACCUGACUAUUUGAGAGACGGUCAGUACCGUAUUGAUUCUCAAGCUACUCCAACCAUGCUCAACUCCCUCAUGUACAAACUUUCAUAUUUCAGGUUUGUAGAGACAGAUGGUAGAGGGUAUGACAGGGUUAGGAACACUGAAAUCGGGAAAAAGCAUUUCAAACUCACUCACUUCGAAGAGGUCUUCACCACUCAUCACUGGAUGGUCCGGAUAUACAAAUUGAAGUCGCCCAGGAAUAGAAUCCGUGGGAAAACCAAGAGAUCCAAAUCGAAAUCUGGCACUUCGACUAGCUCGAAAAGAAUUACAAGGAAGAGGAACCCUUGGCAGUAAGUACGAUAAUGGGUCAAACGACUUUGAUCUUUAAUAUCUAGAAAAGAAUCAGAAGACGAGGUGAUCGAUUGAGAUUUUGUGGUCUCUUACGUCCAGAUAUUGUAGACUACUUGAUCAAUGAGCAAAAUUCAGAACAAAUUUUGACUUCAGUAUUAGCUAAUGAGGCUGUUGACUGUACACGCUUCAGAAUAUUAUUGCAGAACUGUGAAACAUGUAAUCUAAAUAUAGCUGUUUUAGGUCUGAUCCUUCUUUUUGCUGCUACUGCUACAACUUCCACUUGAUAGCAUACCACAAAAAUUUGUUUUGAAAUUUAAUUUUUUCUGCUUUGCUUCGUAA